CUGAGCUCGAACUGUCAAAACGAACGUGACUGUUGUCUUAUCUAUUUUCUACAAAUUACUUCUGUAAAAUAUGCUUAUGCAAUGAGCGAUGGUCGCCCUGUAGGUGGUCAACUGAAGAAAUUUGUAUUUCGUGGGAAAUCCGCAAGUAACGGUGAUACACGAGGUGAAUAUUUAGAAAUUGUAAUUCCGGAGUUGUUGUCGGCAGGCUACUCGUUUUACACGUGGCCAUCAGCACCGCUUUUAGCUUGGUAUUUGUGGACGCAGCGUCGACAUUUACGGGGCUUAAGAGUCUUAGAACUUGGUUGCGGCACAGGAUUACCAGGUAUAUUGGCGGCUAAGUGUGGCGCCCAUGUUACCUUGACCGAUAGUGUUGCUCUUCCCCGAUCACUGCUACACCUAUCAGAUUGUUGUGAAGCUAACGGACUGGUACCGGGCCGCGACGUUCAUUUACUAGGUCUCGCUUGGGGACUAUUUCUUGCAGAAGUCCAUACUUUGCGACCUGUUGACUUGCUUUUAGCUUCAGAUUGUUUUUACGAGCCAUCACAGUUCGAGGAAGUUCUUUCUACUGUUGCUUAUCUACUAGACGGAACUGACGGACGAUUUUUGUGUGCUUACCAGGAACGGAGCGCCGAUUGGUCCAUAGAAGCUCUGCUAAAGAAGUGGGGAUUGAAAGGUUCACUAUUGGAUUUGGAUUCAUUGAGUGAAAGCUCAGGGCUCAAAACAGUUAAUUUGAAAGUCAUGGCGGAGGCACUACCAGAAUAUCCUGACUCUGAUUUCUCCGAUGAAGAUUUAUCACCACUUGAUAUAUCUUUUAACAAAGCUACAGACCAUGUCAGAAAGAUAACCUCAAAGCUAAACAAUGGACAGCUCUUAGAGUUGUAUGGUUUAUUUAAGCAAAGUACUGAAGGCAACUGUAACACUCCAAAGCCAGGCUGGUUAGAUGGGAGGGGACGUAAGAAGUGGGAGGCUUGGAAAGCUUUACAAGAUAUGCCAAGUGAAGAGGCAAAAGAGAAAUAUGUUGCUUUAGUUGAGAAAUAUGACCCCGAAUGGGGUGAUGGAAAUGUUGACAAGAAAGGUGAUAAAGAAGCAUGGGUGGCAGUUUCAUCACUCCGUUACAGUCCAGAACCAGAGCUGGUGCACAAUGAACUAUCCAUCUUGGAGGCUGCUAGAGAAGAUUUAGGAGAUAGAGUUCAAGAACUCUUAACUAAAUAUCCGGAGCUUAAAACUGAAAAAGAUGAAGAUGGUUUAUCAGCAUUGCACUGGGCGGCAGACAGAGAUGCAGUUUCCGCUCUGACUGCUGCUAUUGAAGGUGGUUGUGAUAUUAAUGACAUGGAUGACAGCGGCCAGACAGCCUUGCAUUACGCUGCUUCUUGUGGUCACAUUAGUUCAACAAAACUGCUAAUAAAGUACGGAGCUGCUAUGCUCAAAGAUGAAGAAGGCAAUACACCGCUAGAUUUGGCUGCUGAUGAUGAGAUAAGGAACAUUCUGGAAGCUGCACAGUAGUUUAGUUAUGUGAGCAUUUAACUCAAUUAGAAUUGUAUAUUUAAUUUA